CCACGCCCACCAUUGCACGGGCACGCGCACGCCGCGGCCUCGAGCACGCCGCCGCUCUCGUCGCAGUAAACGCGGCCGCUCCGGUUGGCCUUGGGGGCGGGGCUGUAGAGGAACUUGCCAAAGCCGCAGAGUGAAGUGAGAAUUCUACUAGAGAGGAGAUGGCUGCCUCUUCAUCAUCCUCCUCAGCUGGUGGGGUCAGUGGAAGUUCUGUCACUGGAUCUGGUUUCAGUGUCUCAGACCUUGCCCCACCACGGAAAGCCCUUUUCACCUACCCCAAAGGAGCUGGAGAGAUGUUAGAAGAUGGCUCUGAGAGAUUCCUCUGUGAAUCCGUUUUCAGCUAUCAAGUGGCAUCUACGCUUAAACAGGUGAAACAUGAUCAGCAAGUUGCUCGGAUGGAAAAACUAGCUGGUCUGGUAGAAGAGCUGGAGGCAGAUGAGUGGCGAUUUAAACCCAUCGAGCAGCUGCUGGGGUUCACACCCUCUUCAAGUUGACCUUGCCUGGACAGUCACCUCUGGGGCACAGCAAGUGCAGGUGCAGUGAGGAAAUUUUCUUACAGCUUACAUAGCCAUCCAGAGAUUCACAGCUCCAUCACUGAAUUGUUAAUUCACAUCCAUACUUGGUUUCUCUGUAUCUAACCACAAGCAACAAAUACUUAAAUGUGUGAUCUUACAAGGAAAUUUUUUGUUUAUUUGUUUAAAAAAGUAUUGAGAAUCAGAUUUAGGCAACUGGCAUCACAGAACCAGGAGGUCUGGGUUUAAGAGAGAUUAAUAAAACUUCACAAGCCAGGACACAUGCCAGAAUUGGCCAACAGAAUGGCAUCCCUCCUGUCAAUUCAUGCAAUUCCUAGAAUCCUCACCAGUCAAGUCCGAGGUCAGGAUCUGGAGCUAUAAAAUACAGCAUUUCUUUUUUUUUUUUUUUUUUUUUUUUUUUUGCAGUAUGCGGGCCUCUCAUCACUGUUGUGGCCGCUCCCCUUGCGCCAGACGCGCAGGCUCAGCGGCCAUGGCUCACGGGCCCAGCCGUUCCGCAGCAUGUGGGAUCUUCCCAGACCGGGGCACGAACCCGUGUCCCCUGCAUCAGCAGGCGGACUCCCAACCACUGCGCCACCAGGGAAGCCAAAAAAAUACAGCAUUUCUGACCUAAAACCGUUCUUUUUGCAGAUGAAUGUGAUUUCAACUCAGGACCUGUCCAAAUUAGGAAUUUUUUAAUGUUUGGGAUUUUUUUUCUAUUUUUAGACAUCUAAUUCUAUAGAUUCUAUCUUUUUCUAACCUCUAGGCAUGCCAAAUGCUGGCAAAAAGAAUUGCUAUUUUUUUUUUUUUUUUUUUUUUUUUGCGGUACGCGAGCCUCUCCCGUUGUGGAGCACAGGCUCUGGACGCGCAGGCCCAAGCGUCCAUGGCUCACGGGCCCAGCCGCUCCACGGCAUAUGGGAUCCUCCCGGACUGGGGCACAAACCCACGUCCCCUGCAUUAGCAGGCAGACUCUUAACCACUGCACCACCAGGGAAGCCCAAAGAAUUGCUUUUUGAAUGUUGAAGUUCUGGUAAAAAUAAAGCAGUGAGCAAAAUCCUUUUAAACACAGAAAUCCUGAGUUCAUCUUGUUGGUGGGCUCAGGCAAUUCUGUAGCAAAUAAAUCCUUUGAAAGAGCUCCAGAUUGGUUUCUUUAUCCUUUCAAAGCCUCAGGGAUUUGGGAUAGGGGAAAGAGGUCAAAUUACUUUUUAUAAGAAGGGAAUGUAAAAACCAUUUCUCCUAAGUAAAUGGUAGAUUUGCUUUCUCUCAGGGAUAUUUGUCUUUUUCGAAGUAUAUGAAUUUAUCAUCAAUAUCUGAGUAAGUUUUUAACCAUGAAAAGGAAAAACCUGGAAAGCUAAGAGGUGUCUUUUGUUUUCCCUCAUGGGACCCCAGGGUCCACACUGCACAGUUAGGAGAAUCAUUUAUUAAAUUGUAUGCAAAUUUUGCCUCAGACAGCAUUUGCCUUUCUCCUCAUUAAUAACUUGUACCUGACCUGCUUAGAGUUGGUUAAUUAUGAAUAAAUAAGAUUCCAGUAGCAAUUGGC